AUGACCUUCUGCCCAGGGACGGAACGUUACAAGACCGAGGUCUGCGUCCUUGAUGCCUCCUCCUACGUCGGCUUCUGGAUCCUCAAGAAACUUCUCUCGAAGGGAUACAAAGUUCACGCCGGACUCCGCAGUGAUGGCACGCUCUUUUGUCCUUAGACCAUCCAAAACUCUCUCUCUCUCUCUCUCUCUCUCUCUCUCUCUCUCUCUGUGUCUCGUCCUGCCGCUCUGAGCAAGUUUGGGUUUGCAGGGAAGGAGGAGACAACGACGGUGAUCAGGGAAAUGUGGAAGUCGGACGCGGGGAAGAAGACUCUCUCUCUCUUCACCGUGGACGUCCUCGACUACCAAACCAUCCUCACCUCCAUGAACGGUUGCUCCGCUCUCUUCUGCUCCCUCGACUCCCCAGCUACCUACGACGUAACAUCCCCAAAGGGCCCUUCCUCUCUCUCUCUCUCUCUCUCUCUCUCUCUCUCUCUCUCUCUCUCUCUCUAUUCCACCUCUCCUCUCUCUCAGAUUAGGGUUCACUCGUCGGUCCUUCUUCUCCCUCGCCAUGGACGAGCCGUUUCAGGAGGAUGCCGUGGAGACGGAGAUGAGGGGAGUCUUCAACGUGGUGGAGGCCUGCGCCCGCACACCGUCCGUGGAGAAGCUCAUCUUCUCCUCCUCCCUGGCAGCGGGCAUCUGGAGCGAGGACUUGCAGACCCUCCGGCAGGUGGACGAGAGGUGCUGGAGCGACGUCGAAUACUGCCGGAAGCUCAAGGUAUCGUAAGAAUAACGCCAACUGCUUCCCAGAUGAAGAAGAAGAAGAAGAUGACGUUCAAAACGGACGAUCUUCCUGGUUCAUCCCCUAUCUCCAGCUAUCCAUUCUUUUGUUUUUCGAACUAGCUUCAACUCUGAUCGCUCGAUCCGCGCAAGAAUAGAAAGAUUUAUGAAACUGAAAAAUAGGAGAUAUUAGGGUUUGAGAGGACAUGGCGAGCCACCCCAAAAUCAUAACUUCUGAACACCCCUAGUCAAAAUGUUAAUAACAGUAAAUACCCUUGAGUGUGAUUCAGAAUCCAUGGGGUCAAACAAAAAAGAUGAAUAAUGAAUUAUUCUGAAUAAAGUUGGACUCAUUCUCUCCAGAUUUGGUUGCACCAACUUAGGUGGACCAAACUGUAAAAAAUAGUGAUAAAGCCACCAAAUUCCCAGCCUCAUCUGAAUGAAACAGGUUAUAUCUCGUUGCCCGUCACCAAGAAACCAGGUUUUCGUUUCUUGGAGUGUUAUUUUUCUUCUAAAUUUAGUAAUCCAGAUCAAACUCAGGAAGAAAAAUAAGUGAAAACACUGAACUUGACCAAGUCCAGGCCCGGGCUUCACAUGGCUUGAUAGGUGACGUUGGUGAGAUUUUCAGCUGUGGUAUCCGGUGGCGAAGACGCUGUCGGAGAGGACGGCGUGGGGCCUCGCCUCCGACCGGAUGCUCAACAUGGUGUCUGUCAAUGCGGCGCUAGUGAUCGGCCCCGACGUCGCAGUCCAGAAUCCCGUCUCCACCCUGUCUUAUCUGAAAGGUAUCUCUCUCUGUCUCUCUCUGUCUCUCUCUCUCUCUCUCUCUCUCUCUCUCUCUCUCUCACACACACACACACACACACACACACACACACACUCUCUUCCUCUCUCUCUCUCUCCCUCUUCCUGUCCAUUCCUCUCUCCCUCCCUCCCUCUUCCUCUCCAUUCCUCUCGCCCUCCCUCCCUCUUCCUCUCUUUCUCUCUCUCUCUCCCUCCCUCUUCCUCUCCAUUCCUCUCUCUCUCCCUCCCUCUUCCUCUCUUUCUCUCUCUCUCUCUCCCUCCCUCUUCCUCUCCAUUUCUCUCUCUCCCUCUUGCUGCUGCUCUCUCUCUCACACACCCUUCUCGUGAGGUGCAGUUGCGUAAGGCGAUGAAACAAGUCAAAGUGGGUUUAAUUAAACCACCUGACCCAACAAUUACUUAAAUCAUAAUAAAUCAUUUACAAAGCAUUCUUUAGUCACAUUUUAAUCAAAAAUUAAAUAAUUCCUCACAUUAUGUCAUGAAAAAAAAUUAAAUCCAAUAAAAAAGUCCAUGCUUUAGUGGCCGAUCUUCUGUGGGCAUCUACGUGCUCUCUUCUUUUAUCAAUAAUUUGAUAAUUUAUUGAUGAUUAGGAAAUUAGAAUAUUCCUAAAAAUUAGGUAUUGCCCAACUCCCCACCUCACUCGCCAUCAUAAUUAACCUUAAUCAGAACAUAUCAAGAAAACCUAGUCAUAAAUAUUGGCGAUCUCCUCUGCCUUCAAUACUAAUGUUGAUAAUACCUCAACAUCUCAUUAUUAUUAUUAUUAUUAUUGUCUCCUACUUAAUGAUUAUUCAGUAUUUAAAUAAUUUAAAAUAUCUUCGUUAUUAAGUGUUGCCCAAAAAACACCUAGCACUAUAAUUUGCCGCAUAAAAAAACUUGGUCAUAUCAACUGAAGUUCUUAGAACAUAAAAUUAUAUAUAUAUAUAUAUAUAUUUAUUACUUCUUCAUGAUGCUGGAUUUGGGUGAAGCCGAGGAACCUGUAAGAUUCAGAGAUCUCUGAGCCAUCCAUCCAUCGCUUGCUUCCUACAGGAGCAGAGAAGAUGCAGGAGAGCGGGGUUCUUGCAUCAGUCGACGUUGACUUCCUUGCGGACGUCCACGUCAGCGCACUGGAGGAUCCGUCCGCGAACGGGAGAUACUUCUGCUUCAACAACGUCGUGAGAUCGGAAGAAGAAUCUGUGAAACUGGCCAAGAGGUUGACUCCUCUCAUUCAAAUCCCACCGAGGUAUGUUCAAAUGAUUCUAGGAAAGCAUAUGAUCGAAUCAUGUCAACGCAAGCCAAAGAUUUACGAUAUUCAGCACCCAGAAGAUUGGGAAAAAAAAAAAACCAUUAUCUAUACUGGUUGGGUGGGUGUUCAUGAACAACUGAAUAGGAUGAUCUUCAGAGGAAAACAUGCACCACGCAGAGUAUUUGCAGUUGACCCAUAA